AUCAUUUUGAUAAUUACACUUUCUUUUGAGUGCGAAGCUUUAAAACUCUUUAUCUCAUCUGGAAGGAGACAGAAGAGCAGAGGACAAGAGAUUAUCUCAAAGUUCGCUCAAACUCAAUCCUGGUGAGGAUAAGAGAAUUCGAUUCUCGGGUCGAUGACAAGGGUAACCCAUGAAUCUGGAGAUGGGAUGCAAAAGGAUGCGAUUCUAUCAGCGUCGUCUGAUGUGAAUUUUGCCUCAGAUAAGUUUCCAGAUUAUGAGAUAGGAGCCAACAAUAUAAUUAUAGAGCCAGAGGAGAGUCCUAAAGUUCCAUCUCUUAAGGAGAUCGUUGCGAAGGAGACUGCUCUUCUGCUGGAUCAGCAGAAACGAUUGUCAGUUAGAGAUCUUGCGCAGAAGUUUGAGAAUGGUUUGGCCGCCGCUGAGAAAUUGUCCGAUGAGGCUAAAUGGAGAGAAAUGACUUCAUUGGAUAGACAUGUUCUUCUGAAGAAGCUUAGGGAUGUUCUUGAGGCUCUUAGAGGGCGAGUAGCUGGUCGGAAUAAGGAUGAUGCUGAUGAGGCCAUCUCCAUGGUAGAGGCUUUGGCGGUUCAAUUGACUCAGAGGGAAGGAGAGUUGCUCCAUGAGAAAGCCGAAGUCAAAAAACUAGCAGCCUUCCUUAAGCAGGCUUCCGAAGAUGCCAAAAGGGUAGUUGAAGAAGAAAGGGCUUUUGCUCGUGCAGAAAUUGAGAGUGCCAGAGCAGCAGUACAGAGAGUUGAGCAGACCUUUCAGGAACAACAGCAUAUUCCUAGAAGUGCAGAGAUACAGGACUUGGAGGAACUAAUGAAAGAGGUUCAAGACGCUAGACGAAUCAAAAUGCUGCAUCAACCUAGUAGAGUUAUGGAUAUGGAAUAUGAACUUGAAGCAUUGCGGAUUCAGCUUUCAGAAAAGUCUAUGUGCUGCAUUCAGCUCAAGAAGGAGCUAGAAAGAAGUAAAAUGCUAAAGGAUAAUAGAUCGCAGUUAUAUGAGCUCGAGGGUCCUGAAAGUCUCGGUUCAUGCUUGCAUAUAGUACCACAAACAAAUACUGCUCCUGACAUAUCUAGUUGUUCUAUUCAGUGGUACCGUAUGCUGCCUGAAGGAAGUAAAAGAGAACUGAUUUCAGGGGCAGUUAAAUCAGUCUACGCCCCAGAGCCUUUUGACGUCGGAAGAUUCUUGCAAGCAGAGAUCACUCUGAAUGAUGAGAAAUUCAUAUUGUCAACAACCACACCAAUAGAGUCAGCGGCAGGAUUGGGAAACUAUGUGGAGUCGCUUUUAAGAAAGAGUGACAAUGAGUUUAAUGUGGUGGUGGUUCAAAUGAACGGAAAUGAUCAUCCAUCUGAAUCUGUUCACACAUUCCAUGUUGGGAAACUCAGGAUAAAGCUUCGAAAAGGAAGGAGUACAAAGGCUAAGGAAUCAUAUUCCACUUCAAUGCAGUUAUGUGGAGUUAGAGGUGGUGGUAGUGCUGCUGCUCAGUCACUUUUCUGGCAAGCUAGGAGAGGCUUCUCCUUUCUACUAGCUUUCGAAUCAAUAAGAGAAAGGAAUGUGGCAAUAAUGCUUGCUAGGAGAUAUGCUUUUGAUUGUAAUAUUAUGCUUGCUGGCCCAGAAGAUCGGUCACCGGUUGGAACCUAAAUAAACUAAAUUAACAAGAUCUACUAUCCAAUAGCGCAAGUAUAUAGGGAGGGGGUUUACAGGGAAUUGUAUUUAUUUGUAAGGUGUAUACUGUGUAGGCUUGGUAGCCAAAGGCAUCCUUUUAUUUGCCUUCUCAUGAGGUUUGUAACAAUUUGGGCUUCUGAAUUUAACUCUAAUUUUCUUUUAUACUUGUUGAGUCCAACGCCAUGGCUCACUGUUACAUUCGCAUCCGCUUCAGUUCAUUUGAAGAGGUGUCGGCUUUGUAAAUGGAUAUGUUUUUCUUUUCUAAGACCGGUUGGGGUGAAGAUUAUUCUUUAUUUGCUUA